CGUUAUCUUAUUGCAGAUCUCAGAUGCCCGUGACAAAGCAUUAAAGGCCAAGGCACAGUCAGAUAGGCUUAAACUAGCUAUUGGUAACAACCCAGGCGGAAGUCAAAGUUUCUCAGUUUCAAGGAAAGUUACCCCAGAACCAAAACAGCCCAAGAAGAAAAGCAUCGGAAACCUUUUCUCUGAUGCAUGGAAAAAAGGAGAUGAUGUGGACGACGACGAGCUGCCUAGUUCUCCAAGCAGUGCUGGGCCUGGAAUGACUCCAAAUACUACAAGCCCCAAAGCAUUCAAUAUCGACAAUGCAAUGAUUAUGGACGAGAUACUAGAGGAAGAACAUCCUCCUUCACCACGACAUGAAAUACCACCACCUCCACCCCCACAGCGACCGCAACAGCUGGAUAUUGCCCCACCGCCGCCCCCUAAUCAGCUUGAUGUUGGCCCACCACCACCUCCCCCUAAUCAACUGAAUAUUGGUCCACCAUUAGCUACCAGCARCCAAGAGGGUGAAGACGAAAGGGAAGAAGAGACAGCACACAUUCCAUCGCCUACAGACAUCAAGACCAUGCUAGAGGGAUUGCAGUCACCACCUCCUCAAUUAUCUCAGAAAGGUGUGUCUAUAUUUCCAAUGUCUUCACCAGCACAGCACUCACCACCCCCACCCCCACUGCACUCUAAUAAUUCAUCUGCACUGGCACUUAAAGCACGUUCGGCAUCAUCACCACCACCACCCCCACAGCACUCUAGUAGCACAUCUACAGUGGYACAUAAAGCACGUUCAUUGUCAUCAUCGUCAUCAUCAUCAUCAUCUUGUCCACCACCACCUCCACCACCAGUUGCACGUAAGCCUUCCAGGUCUAGUGGAGGCGGGGAUGACGCGUUUUGUGAUCAGGCGGCCGAUUUUCCUCCCCCGCCGCCUCCCAUCCACAAAGAGGUCGUCCCCCCUCCAGUUAAAAGAAAGCCAUCUCGAAGUGGCAGCAUGACUGAGAAUGGGACCAACAACAUUGGAGAUAAAAAGAUUACUCGUAUUGCAGAAAUGGGAUCAACGGACUCUCUUGACAACAUCCCACUCCCACCACCGCCCGAGAUGAUGCUAGCGGGAUCAGAUGUGGACUUACCACCACCACCUCCAGAAGUCUUGCUGAAAAACAGAUCAAAUUCUGAGAAUAGAGACAGAUCGAAUAGUGGCAACAAACCACCACCACCUCCACCACCCCCAAAGAAAGGACGAUCGAGAACCAGCAGCAGUGACAAGUCAUCCUGAUACCACGUGAUAUCAAAUCAUUAACGAAUGAUGAAAGCCGUGGCUGUCACGUGUUUGAGGACGUCAAUCAAUAAAAAAUAGUCAUGGUUUUGACAUGAUAUGAUUGGACGCUUGACAGAACAUUCUGAUUGGCUACAAGUGGUGCGUUGUUGGCACUGAAGCAAUUGUGUUCAAUGAAAUCUUUUGAUAAGAUAUGAACUGUUUGUAUAUAUAAUAAUAGUGAAGAAUGGACUACGAUGUGUGUCGAAAGUUUCAUUUGGAAGAAAUUAUCCUUUAAGUAGAUCCAAUUCGUUGCUGUUAUUAAGAUUCUUAGAAACAAUAGGGCGUUACUAGCUACAUGUUCAAGAUACUCUAUUCUUAUCCUGAUUGAAUCCAUAUAAAUGAUUUAACUCACCAUUUCAAUCCUUUAGAAUUUAUAAAUUAAACGUUUUAACAAUAUAUACCCUUUUUAACAUUGUAGAAUGUUGUACAUUAUAAUUUAAUGAACGAAUUWAUGUAUACACAUGAAUCAGUGAAAGCAAAUAUUUCGAACUCCAAUUUCCAUUGUUCAAGCAAGUGGAAAAGAUAUAAUGUAUUUUSAAAAUGGCGCCUCCCAUCGUCUUGACAACUAAGUCAAAUGAAUAUAGUGAAAUCAUGGUAAAUUUAGUUUGGAAAAAAUAAACAGAUACUACUACCCUGUGUCGCCUCUGGAUUCAGUUUACGAAGAAGGGCUUUACGAAGAAAAUUCCAAAUCAUCCGCCAAAGGCUAUAGUUGAGUUUUUUCGAGAGAAAAAAUGAGGAAAGAAAAUAAAGAAACCUUUCCUUUCC